AUGGCCCCGAGGAAUGAGGACUCACGCCCUCCACCACUGCCGCGCCUAUACUCGAGACAGUCCCACGUUUCCAAGCGGUCCUUUCUCUCCCACUCGUCUUCCUUCGAGGCCGAUGACGAGCGCUCGGCCACCAUUUCUGCUACGUCCGAUGAUAUAGACCGCGACUCCGAUAUGGAGCCCAAUCACAGCACCGACCCUCCCACGCCACCCGUCCGCUAUGCCGGAGAGGACACCAGGCAGACGAGCCCAAAGGAGCUGAGGGGAUGGUAUAUGUAUGCCUUCGCGGCUGAGACCUACGUCAUUUGUGCAAUCGGCUCGUUCAUCCCCAUCCUCCUGGAGAGUCUUGCACGGGAGAAUGGCGUCCUGCUCAAAAAUGGACAGCCAUGCGGUCCCAGCAAUGAGAAGAGUGGCAAGGAAAGCCACCAAUGCGUGGUCCACGUUCUCGGCCUUGAGAUCAACACCGCUAGCUUCGCCAUGUACACGUUCAGCGUCAGCGUCCUGGUGCAGGCACUGCUUGUCGUGAGCAUUAGCUCGUUCGCGGACCACGGCCAGUAUCGCAAGAAGCUUCUCCUGGCCUUUGCCUGGACCGGCAGCUUCUCCGUCAUGCUCUACAUCUUCGUCACAAAAGCUACCUACAUUUUCGGCGCGUUCUUGGCCAUAAUAAGCAACGUUUCCUUUGGAGCCUCAUUUGUUCUGCUCAAUAGCUUUCUUCCUCUGCUCGUUCGUUAUCACCCGAAGGUACUGUACGCAGAGGGUACAUCGACUCCUGACCUCGGCGGGCCAAACGGCGAAUCGCAGCAGCUGGAGAACUCUCAAGAUGAUGAGGAGACCGAGACCUUCCGUGAUAGUAGCUCGAGCACUGCGCUGUUGGUUGACGAAGGUCAGCACAGGCUGCGCAAGACUCUGACCCAUGAAGACCAGACAUCGGUGGAGCUCGCACUGUCAACAGAGAUAUCUGCCAAGGGGAUAGGGAUAGGCUACGCGGCCGGCCUGUUCCUGCAAUGUGUCUCCAUUCUUAUCCUCAUCGAGAUGAGAAGCUCAACCUGGUCCCUACGCGUUGUCCUAUUCGUGAUCGGAUCCUGGUGGGCCAUCUUCACUAUACCCGCUGCGUUUUGGCUGAGGCCCAGGCCGGGACCACCACUGCCGGCACAAAAGAGCCGCAAGGGCGUCAGGGCAUUCUUUGCGUACGCGUUCUACGCGUGGAAAUCUCUCUUCAAGACCGUGCAGCUGGCACGGCGGCUGCUGGACAUCAUGCUGUUCCUCGCAGCGUGGUUCCUCCUCUCGGACGCCAUCGCCACCACGUCGUCGACCGCGAUCCUGUUCGCCAAGACGACGCUGAACAUGGAGCCGUGGGCACUGGGCCUCAUCGGCGUCAUCUCCACGAUGUUCGGCAUCGCGGGGGCCCUCUCGUGGUCUUGGAUCUCGCGGCGGUACAGCCUGAAGCCGCACCAGACGCUGCUGAGCUGCAUCGCGCUGUUCGAGCUGAUCCCGCUGUACGGGCUGCUGGGCUACCUGCCGUUCGUGCGGGGCUGGGGCGUGCUGGGGCUGCAGCAGGCGUGGGAGAUGUUCCCGCUGGCCGGCGUGUACGGCUUCGUGCUGGGCGGCCUCAGCAGCUACUGCCGCGCGCUGUACGGGGAGCUGAUCCCGCCCGGGUCCGAGGCGGCCUUCUACGCCCUCUACGCCAUCACGGACAAGGGCUCGAGCGUCUUCGGCCCCUUCAUCGUCGCCUCCAUCAUCGACGCCACCGGCGAGAUCCGCCCCGCCUUCUGGUUCCUCGCCUGCCUCGUCGGCCUGCCCGCCCCGCUCAUCUACUUCGUCAACGCCGAGCGCGGCAAGCUCGAGGCCGAGCGGCUGGCCGCCGUCAUCGAGGGCUACAAGGCCGGCCAGGGGGAUUCGGGCGACGAACGGGGGCGCGGGAGCGGCGAGGGCCAGGCGAUGCUGGCCCAGCAUCAUGAUGAUGAUGAUGAUGAUGAUGAUGUUGAACACCGCGGGGAUUGA